AUGAUUACCUCCACUCUGAAGAUCCCUGAGCCCAUCUUCGCAGAGUCUGCCCCGGACAUGAAAUUCAUCGCGAACAGCAGGAACCUCUACUCUCGACUGGCGGAGCGGUUAACAAGACCUCAAUGGAGGUUCGGCUCUUCGAUGCCAGGCCGCCGACGGCACUAUCGCCUUUCUCGUAUCCUUCGUUCGCGACAUCCUCACCGUACCCGUCGGAUUCCGCAUCUGAGUCAAAACACCAAUGGAGUUGAUGAGGCUAUAUAG